GGGCAAUAAGAAGGUAUGAAUAGAAGGAUCCACCCUCAGUUUCACUCUCGCGUGUUUAUAAGGCAAAGUGCGAUGGUCGAAGCUGAAUGAGUGCGUCAGAGAGCGAGUGCGAACCAUCGACUCAGCGAUGAGGACACCAGCGAUUCUGAUCAUCGGGCUGGUUCUUGCGCCCUGCGGAUGGGUCCUGGACCUGACCAGCACGGUUGCACCGAACUGGCGCCAGCUCUACGGCAUCUCCGGCCAGUCCGUCGACACGGUGAUUACCCAGGGCAUCUUUGACAUCUGCAAGACCUCCACCAUAGGCACUGCUAUCACCUGCGGCCAGCAAUCCACCGACACCGUCUAUUUCCAAAACCAGGUGAUUCCGGUCGCACAAGGCAUGAUGAUCGCGUCGUUGAUCGUCACAGCGAUCGGCCUGGCCGUGGUUACUCCGGCUGCGCGCUGCUGGACCAGCCAGCGACCCCGAUGGGUCCUCGCUGGACUCGGCGGCUUGCUGAUUAUCUGCUCAGGAGUGCUCACUCUCAUCCCGAUCUCGUGGUAUACGCAUUUCCUGACCAGCCUUAACACGACUACUACCUUCACCAACCCGCAAAGCCCGGACAUCCGCGUGGGUUACUGCAUAGUCCUGGGUUACAUCGGCGGAAUCAUGGAGGUGCUUGGAGGGUUGAGCAUAUGCAUAGGCUUCUGCCGAUGCUGCGGCGGGCGCAAUCGCGGGGAGACUCCGGAACCAAAGCGCGCGCCUCGGACCGUUACCCGCGCGCCAAAUCCGGCCCCGUACCCGCGCUCCUAUGCGCCGAGGAGCGUCGCGAGGAGCGUCACGAGCAGCAAUUCGAGCGUACCGUAUUCCCGAGACUCUCUGGACGACUACCCGAGAGCCCAAGCACCAAGGAAAGGCACGGUCAACCCUUCAUACAGCGCGAAACCUUACGACGCGGAUCUGUGAUCAAAGGGCAUGCUGGACUUUCAUCUUUCGUUCUAUUAACGCUCCAUAUGGCGCACUCAGAAGCUACUUUUGAUCUGCUUUUACUAAAUUAUGGGUUAUAUAGAGAUAUACGUUGAGUCCAAACAUGUGGAAUAUAUAUAUAUAUAUAUAUAUAUAUAUAACUUAUGUAAUAUUUUUCCAUAUUUUCCACACAUAUACAAAUGCAACAAAGAUGUAAAUGCUGUCACAUGGAAUUAGGAUGAAUUAGUGCAGUGGCUUGGGCACUAGCACUAUCUUUGGGUCAGUGAUCAUUUGCAUGUUUGCUCCAUGCUUGGUGGGUUUCCUCCAGGUACUCCGGUUUCCUCCUACAGUCCAAAGACAUGUAGAUUAGUCUAACUGGCGUUCCC